UAUCAACAUUGUGUAGCUUCGCCAGUUGCGCGUCCUCUUCGUUUGACUGCACUCACACUUGUCCUGAUAGCUGUUUGGCACAUAUUAAUCGUUCGAUAGUUGUUACGCUACUCAAUAAAACCACUACACAAAGGCCGCGGCGUUGCAGGCCAAAUUGGAAGAAUCGAGGAAGGACUUUGGAGGCGAGGGGCGCUAAAUGUCGUCAUUAGCGCAGCAGCGUGAUAAACGAAACUACCAACUGCAUCUCCUCUAUACGAGACAGGAGUUUGAGGAGUGCUUGAAGCAAAUAGACAAAGUACUGGAGGAAACUGAUGGACUAUGCGAAUACGCCAUCUAUAUCAAGGCGCUCAUUAUGCGCCAUAGAGGCAAGAUCCAGGAGUCUCUGGCGCUGUUCCAGCAGGCGACAGCCAUCAACCCGCACAACGUGGCCAACCUCAAACAGGUGGGCCGCUCGCUGUACCUGCUGGGCAAGCACAAGGCGGCGGUGGACGUGUACGAGGAGGCCCAGAAGUUCGGGGCGCCGGACUGGGAAAUCAUGCACAACAAGGGGCUGUGCUACAUGUACCUCAAGCAGUACGACAGGGCCAUCGAGUCCUUCCGAGUGGCCAUCGACAUCCAGCCGCACGACUCCACCUUCCUGCAGCUGGGCAAGGUGUACGGCAUGAUGGACGACUACAGCCAGGCCAUCAACGUGUACAUGGAGGCCCUGGAGCACUCGCCCGAGAACCCCGAGCUGCUCACCACCCUGGGCCUGCUGUUCCUGCGCACCAACGACAACCCGCGCGCCUUCGAGUACCUCACCACCAGCCUCACGCACGACCCGCGCAACCCGCGCACCAUCCUGGCGGCCGGCUCCAUCAUUCAGGACCAGUCUGACAUGGACGUGGCUCUGGUCAAGUACCGGGUGGCUGCGGUGCAGACGCCCAACAGCCCGCAGCUGUGGAACAACAUUGGAAUGUGCUUCUUCGGGAAGCAGCGCUAUAUCGCCGCCAUCGCCUGCCUGAAGAAGGCGCUGUACCUGGGCCCCUUCGAGUGGAUCAUCUCCUACAAUCUGGGCCUGGUGCAUCUGCACACCGGCCAGUACGCCUCCGCCUUCCACUUCUUCUCCGCCUCCGUCAACCUCAAACCCGACUUCGCGCACAGCUACAUGUACCUGGCGGUCACGCUGGCGCGGCUGGACGACUACGACAACGCCUGUGCGGCGUACGACAAGGCCAUUCAGAUGGCGGGCGUGCCGGGGGAGCCCGUGUUCCACCUCAACUAUGCCAUCCUGCAGUACCAGUCCAAGCAGUACGACGCCGCCAAGCUGCAGCUGCACGCCUUCCGGGCGCUGUGGGGCGACAUGGACGAGGAGGCGCGCAGGGCCGACCCCGAGGUGGGCGAGCAGGCGGCGCUGCUGGGGCAGCUGCUGGGCAUGUGAGGCACGGGCGGGCGCACGAGGCCCGGCAGGAGGGCGGUGAGACGGGUGCCAGGGUGGGUAGGUGGUUGUAGGACGAGAGAGUGGGGAGACUGGCGUGGAGGCCGCGAGCUGGGAGCUUGCGGUGGCAUGGAGCCAUGUCAGCGCCGUUGGGUCGGGCGGCCUGUCCUGUCCGCUGUGGGCGCCGACAGCCUUGGCAGAAGGGCUUAGUGGACUGGCGGGAUGGACUGGGCAGGGGCUGGGGCUGAACUGCACACUCGGUGUGGUCUGUGGAGUGAGGUGGUGGCAUGUGUCAUCAGGACUUGGGGGCGGACGCGGUGGGCGGUGGCCAGGCGUGCGGGGUGAUUUGCGUACGUGCCGCCAUGGCACGUGGGUGCUGAGGGCGCGUGCCCUGUCUAGGCGAUGCAAGGCUAGCCUGCCGAAAGGGCAGGCGGCGCAUCACACAAAACCAGCAGGAGAGCGCAUUUGAGUGUGUACUUGUGAGCAACGAGAGCAAAUGUUGAGCGAUGCGAGCGGUGUGGUGUGAGCAACGUUCUUUCUUUCUACCUGUGGUCCAUGUUUCUACCUGUUUGCCCCCUCCCCCAUGCAUGACGGUGCGAUGGUCUAAUGAGCGUGAAGGGCGCGUUGGUUGUAGCUGCGCAGGUCACACGUUAAGCUCACGUUAGGAGAGUACAAGCGAGAGGCUACAUGGACACGUGGUCCAUGUCUCGAUUUGCCGCGUUUUUGCAAGAAUCUGGUGGCACUGUAUUAUCGCUGUUGUCUCUGGAUGUCUCUGCUUCCCAAGAUGGUGGAAGUUGGGGCAGCGGACUGAGCGGGAUUGCGGCCUGCCCCCGCCCCCAUGCAUGACGGGGUGGGGAGCACUGUUGUGAGAAAAGGGCUCACGUGUAGUAUGGCGUAGAGUC